CAUUAGUUCUUCCAGUAGGCUCCGUGACGCAUCUUGAAGCAGAGUAUCCUUUAGUAGACGCCAUGAGGAUGUCAGAGGUACACUUCCUCCUCCUCCUCCUGUGUCUACUUCCGAGUGUUGAAUCUCUGCUGCAUGACAACCCGCCUCUCGCACCAGCAGUAGGGGAACACUACCACCAGGAUGACAACACUAGUACUGAGGGGGUCGUCGUGCUUAAUCUUGACCAGCAGAUGUUCAUCCCAACACUCCCGCCCAUCGAAAGAGUCGAUCCUGUCAUAGGCUUAGGCCGAUACGACCUAAAGAUCCACAGCACCACUGAGGACUCCCCAGGAAUACUUACCAUCGGUACGGAGAGUCCCUGGGAGGAUGAAGAAUUUAAGUCCUCCCAGGAGGCGGCCUACGGUACUUGGAGAUCACCCAUCACCAGUGACGUUGUGGUAACGCCGACGAACGUCAUCGCGGAGCCACCCCAGGUGGACCCCGUCACAGGCUACGUGUUCUGGUGCGAGCAAAUAAGUAAGGAUGGCUACCGAAAUGCAGUCUUUCACUACAACCCUGAGACGAGAGAGACAGUGCGAUGGACAGGGAGAGAAUACGAUGUGAGGACUAAGCUGCAGGAACACGCUGGUGGCUCCUUCACCAUCUACAACAAUUCCCUCUUUUUUUCUCAUGGUGAUGAUGGGGCCAUCUAUCGUCAGGAUGGGCCCACUGCCACCCCAGUGAAGCUCACAAACUCACCCAGUAGGAAGUAUGGUGAUGUUGUCUACACCCCUCAGUGGAAUUCUUUAUUCUUUGUAAUGGAGGAAAUGGAAUCUGUAGAGGAGGGGAAGCCUGGAAGGCCAAAGUACAGCAUCGCAAUGGUGGACGCCAGCACAGGCACAGAGGAAGUUUUAGUGGGGUAUGCCAACAACUUUGCGACUCCCAGAAUAUCCCAGGAUGGUAACUUUCUUGUGUGGCUACAAUGGAACCACCAGAGGAUGCCUUGGGAUGAGACGAAGAUGUUUGUAGCAGAGAUUAAGAACAAAAAUGGCAAGUUGGCUAUCAUCAGGUUUUUUCAACAUGGCAGCAUGAUGAUGCCCUCAUUUGACCAGAACAACGAACUCUUCUAUGUACACGACUCGACCGGCUGGUGGAACUUAUACAGGGUUACUCGCCGUGGCUUUGAGAUCAAUCUGACACCAGAAUCUAGAGAGGUUGGCUGGCCGAUGUGGAAACUGGGGCGCCAGGCAUAUGCUGUGAAUCCUCGUAUUGGCAGCAAUGAAGCAGUUGUCAUCUGUGGACAUGAUCUGACUGUUGUGGAUCUGAUGAAGGAGAAGCGUCGGGUCAUCAAGACUGGCUACACCAGUUACAGUCUUGGGGUGGCUUACUCUAGGGACGGCACUAAGGUGUAUGUGGUGGCUGGAGAUGGUCUGCGCAACCCUCGCUUAGUGGAGGUGGAGGUCAAGACAGGUGUGACUCGUGUGGUGAGUGGUGCUGCUGACCUCCAAGUGGAUGUUGGUUACCUCAGCACUGCCAGGUUGAUCCAGUUCCCUACCACUCAGGGGGAUUUUGCUUAUGGUUACCUAUACAUGCCUAAGAAUAAGGACUACCAGGCCCCUGCUGGAACCAAGCCGCCCCUGCUGGUGAAGGUACACGAGGGUCCCACUGGUGCUGCCUCGGCCAUUCUCAACCUCGGUUACCAGUUCUUCACCUCCAGGGGUUUUGCUAUACUUGAUGUCGACUACCGAGGCAGCACUGGAUACGGGAAAAUAUAUCGGAACAAACUUAAUGAAAUGUGGGGAGUGUACGAUGUAGAUGAUGUACUGGCAGGGGCGAAACAUCUAGUCCAGGAGAACCUUGUUGAUCCCGACAAGCUGUGUAUUGACGGGUCAUCCACCUCCGCAUACACCACCCUCUCUGCCCUCACUAUUGCGGAGUCUGUCUUCAAGGCAGGUGCCAGCUACUAUGGUGUGUCAGAUCCAUUGAUGUUGGCCACCAAUAUUCCUAAGUUCAAGAAGAAUUACGUAGAGACACUCAUAGGAAACCCAGAUAAACACAAGGACCGCUAUGUCACCAGGUCGCCCCUGAAAAACUAUGAGAGGCUUGAGGUUCCUACCCUCUUCUUUCAUGGCACUGAAGAUAAGAUUGUUCCAGCCAGUCAGGCGAGAAACAUGUAUGAGUUGGUUAGAAGUAAAGGACUCCCAGCUGCCUUUGUCCUCUUCCAAGGUGAGGGCCACGGAUUCACCAACCCUGAAAAUCUCAAAAGGGCCUUGGAAGCAGAGUUUUUCUUCUUCGCUCAGGUGUUCAACUUCACACCUGCAGACAUUACCUCUGAUGUGGUGAUUGACAACUUAGAGACUUGGAAGAGUACACAGUGAGGAAGAAAAGGUAAGAAUUAAUUACAUGUAGAUUGAGAUUUGUUUUUAUUAUUUUGAGAGACCAGUUGUCACUCAAGGUAUACUGCCUAAUAAUAAUUUAUCAUUAUUUUGCAACAAACUAAUCCCAAGUGUAAUAACUCUAAAAUUACUAAGCAUCAUUUAUGAUUCGCUCAUCAUGGGUUAAGAUUUGCUCCCAUUAAUUUAGUUUAAAAUAUUUUGCCUAAGCACUUAAAGACUCUUAAAAGGUCAGAGACAACUGUGUUAACAGUGAUAUAUCUCUACCAAGUUUCUUGACUGUCCACCAUCCAUGGGAUUUGACUGCCCGUUCAAUCAAGAAAUUAUUGUCUGUCUCAGUAAGUAAGAAAUGAAUAUUGUAUAUGAAUCAAAACUUUGAGACUAACUGAAGUUGAUUAAACAGACAUAGAUGAGAAACUUUACCUUUUUUAUUUUUUUACUUUAUCUGUGAUUACUAGUUUUUUUUUUUUUACUUUUAUAAAAUAACUUAAAAUGAUGAAUAGAAUUACCAAAACAAAGUAUUGUACUAUAUUACUAUCAUUGUUAUUACACUGAACCCUCACUAAUUUGAUACAAUACUGUGCAGGUAUUUGCAGUUUGAUAUUUUGGGCAAAAUCAAUAAUUUUAUGCUAAUGUCAAAGUGAGGUAAGUCUGCAGAGCAUAGUACAGUACUGUACAGUAUUGUAUUGUUACAUCACUAUUAGGUGCUUGUUUAGAUAAACUUCCCUGUGUCAAACACUACAACACAUGACUCAUAAAAAUCACAAAUUUCUCUCAAAUUGUGAUGUGGCUUGUGGCAAAAAUCCAUUAAUGUCCAAUUAUUUUUAUACGUUCUGCUAAUUCUAUAUUUUGGAAUGUUGUGCAGUAAUUUGAUCAACCCAGAGCCUCAUUGUUAUGAUAUUAGUGAGGGUUCAAUGAUUGAAUUGUUAACAGUAUUAUUAGUUGUAGUACAGUAUUAGUACUGUACCUGUAAUAGUAGUACAGUACAGUAGUAAUAGUGGGAGUA